UUCCGCAGCAUUGGUUCGUUGCUUGCCCCACUCGCUCUCGCCUUUGUUUUGUAGUACACUCUCUCCUCCCUCCUUCCCAUCUCCUCGCUUUGCUUCUCGCGCGCGCUUUUUCUUGUGGCCAGUACCGUUUCGGCUCUCCCAUUUUGUCCCAGCUCGCGCACCAGCUGUUCGACGAAAUGCCUGAACCAUGCUCUCCUUCAAUCCGGCUUCCCCCCACCUCCUCCUCCUGCGCCGCUUCUUCCUAGACGCCGGCGCUCCCGCUUAUCCGCCUCCCGUCGUCCUCUUCGUUUUCGACGCGAGGACCGGGAGGAGAGCUCGGGCGGCGGAGGUCUUGACGCUGAACCUGGCCUCGCCUUCGAAGAGCGGUUCGCUGCCGGGGAUACCUGAUUUCGGGAGGAGGAAACGUCGUGCCGUUCGUGGGGUUUCUGGGUUUGCGAGGGGGUGGAGGAAGAGGAAGGGGAAGGGGAUUGGGAUUUGGAGGCUGAGAUUUUUGAGUUCAUGAGGGAUUCUGGGAACCCCGACUUGUUCCCCACCAAGAAACAGCUGAUUGAUGCGGGGAGGAUGGAUUUGGUCGAAGCUAUUCUGAGGGAAGGUGGGUGGCUUUCGUUGGGCUGGGAUUUGGAUGGCGAGGACGAAAGCGGGGUUCAGGAUGACUGCGACUUUCGGGAUUUCCGGUCUGCGAAUUUGGACGAUUUCGACUACGGGGUACUUCAAGAAAGGCUUAUUAUAAAUCAGGAGAGCUUAGCUUUGGAGGGCAACGGCAGCACGGGGGUUUCUCCAUUUUCUUCUGAUAUCUCUGGCUCAGUUUCUUCGUCCUGUGGAUCAGUGGGAUCUUUAUCCGAGGAUAAGUCUGGAAUAGAAGGCAUAUUGAGUCGGUUGGAGAAAGAGAGAGAUAUGACAUUUGGUGUUGGAUUGAGAGGGAAGGGAAGUGAUGUUAGAGAUGAUUGGCUUGGCAGAACUCAAGCUGAUGAAACAGUUGCUAGAUGUGAAAGUAGCAGCGAAUCCACCUCAUUAAACUCCAAGGAUAUCAUCAAUGAGACAGGGAGAAAUUUCCGUCAACACUGGACUCCCUCAAAUGUUCAUAUUUCAAGAAACUUGCUUCAGCCAGAUACAUGGAGAACGUGGAGUUCUCAGAGGAUCGGAUGUGUAAAUCCAGAUUUUGAAGCUGCUGAAAUAGACGUCACAGCAAAUAGAGUCGAUAAAGAAAAGGAGCUCAGAAAAAGUGAUAUUCUUAAAUUGAGAGAGAUAAAUGGUGGUCCUAUGGAUAGACAGAAAGAGUCUAACUUUUCUGCUGGAGAAGGUAAUCACAAUUUCAUAAAGGAUCGACUUCAGCACUUAGAGUUGGAGCUUUCAUCUGUGCUUAGUUCCUUGAGAUCUAAUUCUACCACGGAUGAACAGGAGAAUCUGGAGAGCGUCGCCGAUGACCUGCAAAAACUUUCUGAUGCUUGGGAGUUUCAAGAAAAUGAGAUCAUGAAUGCCAAAGACAAAUUGCGUUCUAUGCGUGCAAAGUUAGCUGUUCUUGAAGGAAAGAUGUCUCUGGCGAUAAUUGAUGCUCGCAAGAUUGCAGAAGAGAAACAGAGGAGGAUUGAUAAUGCUUGUAGAGCUCUACGACUUCUUCGGACGGCUUGCGUAGUUUGGCCAAAUUCAGCCACAGAGGUGCUUUUAGCUGGGUCAUUUGAUGGUUGGGCCACCCAGAGUAAUGUGCUUCAUUGCAGAGAAAGAUGGAGAAGUCGAGCACCGGAGCUUUCUCCGUGUGCCUCAAGUUGUAUCCUGGAAGAUAUGAGAUAAAGUUCAUAGUUGAUGGAACAUGGAGGAUCGAUCCAUUGCGGCCAAUUGUUCAUAACAAUGGAUAUGAGAAUAACUUGCUUAUUAUCACAUAGCCAUCCAAAAGAGAGAGCUGACACAAAUAUUUACACGAGAAGAUCCAUUGUCUUAUAACCAAUGGAGGGUGAUUACAUAGAUCCUUCUGCCUUUUUCGUUUACACAAUUGUAAAGCUAUGCCAGGCUUUUGAUAUGUAUAUAUGUUAACCACAUUGAUUGGCAUCUUAUUCUAAUGAAGGAAUUUCUAUUUGUUUCUCUGG